AAUCAUUAAUGUUGUUCAAUUUCAAUGAUAAAAUUUCGUCAUUUCUUCAAGUUUACAGAUCAAUUAUACGUGAAUUGUGAUUUUAAAUUAUGUCACUAAACGAUUUACCUGAUAUUUGUCUUUGGAAGAUCUUCGAAAAUGUCAAUGCAGUCGAAGAUUUGAUUCGAUUGUCUAAAGUUUGUUCGAGAUGGUCCGAUUUAAUUACGUUGAGAUUUAGGCGUGUGAAAUAUCUUCAAAAGGUGGAGAUUUAUAGUAGAGAAGUUAAAGAUUAUAUUGAUGCGAACAGUUUGUGGAUUAAUCAUAAUACGAAUUGGAAUGAUUACAAUUUAUUACAAUUUUUUCCGAACUUUAGGAUUAUAGAUACUGCGACCUAUAGUUACAAUUCAUCUUUAAAUUUACCAGAAAUUGUCAAAAACAAUCCACAAAUAAAGGGAUUGAUUGGACAUUUUAAUUCAUUAAUAAAAAGAGAAGAUUAUGACUUGUCAAAUAUCGAAAUGUUCGCUUCAGAAUUUAAUUUCGAUUAUAAAAAAGUUUUUCGACCUGAUCAGUUGAAACAAGUUUUCGGCAGCUUUAUAAAUAAGAUUGAUCUUCCUUCAUUCAUUGAAUAUUUUCCAAACUUGAAGCGACUCCACAUGCAGUUCUAUAGAAAGGACCAAGUUUUUUACAAUGGCCCGAACUUGUCCGCGUUAAAGAUUCUUGAAUUUGGUAGAAUCGAUAUGGUUGGAAAAUUCACCGGAUUUCAUUUCAUGGAUUUUGUCCAUCUUUGA